CAGGCCAGAUGGCAGCAGCAGAUGCACGUGCAUCUACCAUGGCUGUCCUGUGGUCAGCAUCGCAGAGAUGCAGCUGUGAACAGCUUCCCUGCUUUGUGUUUACAGAGGAUCAAGAACGCCAGUUUCUUCGUGGCUACUUUCCACCCGUCUGGACAAGUGAUCUCGACCUGCUGGCAGAAGAGGGGACUACAACAGAAACUGUGAGUGUGCUGCCGCAUGUUGGAAAGAGCUGGGCAGAGAGGGACCUGGAGAUGGAGAGGGAGGGAGAAGUCAGGCUCCCCCCUCUGCGCAGCCAGCUGGGAACAUCACUGGCAAGGAAGCGAUUCAGAGCACCUCAAGUCCAGCAGCGCUUCCCCCCUCUGAGGACCACCACACAGGAGAGGGAGAAGGUGCAAAAAGAAAAGAUCUCCAGCAAGAAGAAAAGCGAGGAGAUUCCUUGCAGCCUUCCUCCAAUAGAGAAGGGGAGGACAGUGGUCCCUCCAGCAGAAAUGGGGGAGCCCAAUGUCCAGUCACUACGGGCAAAACAGGUCCUGGGAACCUUGGAGUCAUACAAGGUGUGCCGGGAAGGAUGGAGGAAGAAGGUGGAGCAAAACAGGCUCCUUCCACCCAAACCCAAGGAGUACCUCAGCUUUGUGAAGAAGUUGAAGCUGCAGGAGGCCAGAGAUAAACACAAGAAACUGUGAGAAAACAUCAGGCGGGCGCAGUGUAGCCAAUUAAUUCCGCGCCCACUCACACCAUGGCAAUGCACAAAGAAGCCCCAGGAUUGGCAACACCGGGGCUGACAGGAGGCAUGUAGAUACAGCAGCUGCCUCCCUUGUUACCAUCACUCUCUCUGCUACAACAGCAAAGCAGAGACAUUCCCACCACAAGAAGUGCCAAAUAAAAUCAUUGGAACUUCUUUAUAUUUGGGGAGCCAUCAUUGUUUGUCUUGCGGCACGUUCACCUGCAUGGGUUUGGAAAGGGCGGUCUGCUAGCUCCUGCGAGAAUGGUCCUAAAUUGGGAGGAGCUAUUGACUCUCUGAAGGAAAGCUAGGCCUCGAGAGAAAUCUUUACAAAUCGCAGAGCCUGGCCAUCUCCCACCACAUGAACUUCAACAAAUGCAAGUGCAGAAUUCUUCCCCCCGGGUGGUGCAACCCUGGCUCUGUGUACAGACUGGGGGACAAGAGGCUGGAGAGCAGCACCCCAGGAAGGGAUGUGGGGGCUCUGGUUGACGGCAAGUCCCUUGGGUUGUAGAGCCCAGGUCAAAGGGGAUGCAGGGAAGGCCCCAUGGCAGCCUGCAGCUCCAUCCCAGUGCCCUGCAGCUCCCACCCAGGACAGCACAGGGGCAGAGCUGAGCAGUCCUUUAGGAAAAUCUCCACUAAUGUGGGUGUUUCGUGUGUUGUACUUUCUUCAAGAAGGUCCAUCUAUCUGGCACAGAUCUUCCAUGGGCUAUUGAGGAUAUCUGCACUGCCAUGCAUCACUUCCUCCUCGUCUGAAUUCUGUCCUCCUCUCCAUGUGGCGUUUUCUGCCCUAAUAUGUUUUCACAGAGGUACUGCCAGCUUCAGGUUCAGCUGUUGGUUUGGGCUGUCCAAUGUGAAACCAGCACAGGACUAGUCCUAUGCAUUACAGAAACCAGCUUUGUAGCCUCCCCUCACAACCAAAAUCUUUCUGCAUGUUCCCAUUAGAACAUGGCAAAUGACAUUCCCCACAUUUAGGCAGGGAAAUGAGUUUGACAGAGGGACUCAAAAAGGAGAAGAUUGAGAUUCUGGAGAAAGAAAUGCAUUAGGGUCCAGCAGGAUGCUGCAGAUGGGAAGGAGCUAUGGGAGAUGUGCUUCAUCACGGUGCUGACCAUGCAGAUCCUUUGCAUGGAUCUGUACUGCAAUUCAGGAGCUGGAGAGGCCUAAAUAGCCUUGGGACAGCAGUUUGAUAUAUGUCAUUCCCUAAGAGCUAACUGUUCACCUGUGUACUUCCAGGUCAAAGCUAUUUAUGGACAGGCCUUCGAAGCUUGGGGCCGUGUCACUGUGUUGCAACAGGCAUUGUGAAAGACAAAAUCUUCUGUGAGCAGUCAAUUAUGCACAUUUGAGAGGCAGCAGGAAGGGAAAUUGCUCCUUGCCAUUCUAGUUGCUGUUCUCUGGGUCAGAAGGAUGUUCUGAAAGAGCAGCCCAUGGCAGAGACUGCUCUAGAAAGCCAGAAAAUGGAGGAUCCAGAAGUACAGCAGAGGGUGAGACUGUUGAGAAGAGCAUGAGGUAAACGGGCAGGAAGGCUUCUGAGGUGUAAAAGGAAAACCACACUCUAGGAACAUGCAGCUACCGCAUACAGUCUUCCACAGCCCAGAGGCCCAGCGGUUGGCUGGACUGAGCGCAAGUCUGAAAGAUAGGACUUCCAGCAAGACAGAGUAGGUACAAGAUUUGUUACUUCCAUUCUACCUCCUUCUAAGGUUUCCUUAAAGUG